CACCCCACUCCUCGGCCGUCUAGAUUGAAGUGAGGGCAGUCAGUGAGGACAACCUCCCUCCGGUUAUCGGGUCCCCGGGGAACAGAAUCAAGAUGCUCAGGCUCCUGGGGUCAGGCAGGGGUCAUCCGAAAGCCUCGGGUCUCUGCGUCCUCGUCAAGCAGAUGUGCGGGACCCUCCGCAAUCGCCCGCUGAUGCUGGAGCGGUGGUGCUCUCAGGGUGCCUGCGUACAGACAAAGAGGAAUGAUGCUUUGCAUGCCUUCUGGAAGGGCCCGGCCUCGGUGCCAGGGGGGGCCCGGCAGUCCCCCAUCAACAUCCGCUGGAAGGACAGCGUCUACGACCCCCGGCUGAAGCCCCUCAGGGUCUCCUACGACUCGGCGGCCUGCCUCUACGUCUGGAACACCGGCUACCUCUUCCAGGUGGAAUUCGACGACUCCACCGAGGGGUCAGGAAUCAGUGGUGGCCCCUUGGAAAACCACUACAGACUAAAACAGUUCCACUUCCACUGGGGAGCAGCGAACGAGUGGGGCUCAGAGCACACGGUGGACGAUCACGUGUACCCGGCAGAGCUGCAUCUAGUUCACUGGAACGCUGUGAAAUACCAAAACUACACAGAAGCCGUGAUGGGAGAGGACGGCUUGGCGGUGGUAGGCGUGUUUUUAAAGCUGGGGGCCCGCCAUGAGGCGCUGCAGAAGCUGGUGGCAGUCUUGCCGGACAUAAAACACAAGGACGCGCGGGCGGCCCUGGGCCCCUUCCAGCCCUCCUGCCUGCUGCCCGCCUGCCGGGACUACUGGACGUAUCCGGGCUCCCUGACCACGCCUCCGCUCUCUGAGUCGGUCACCUGGAUCAUCCACAAGAAGCCCACUGAGGUGGCUCAGGACCAGCUUGCCGCGUUUCGCUCACUCAUGUUUACUGCACUUGGUGAAGAAGAGAAGACGAUGGUGAACAACUACCGCCCACUUCAGCCCCUGAUGAAGCGGGAGGUCCGUUCAUCCUUCCAGCCACUGAAGACGGUGCAGGAUCCUAAAUUCACUACAUCCAAGCUAACGGGUAGACCUGACUUUAACAGGAGAAAGUAUUGUUUCCCAGGCUUCGUGUACUGAUCAUAUGUAACCUCUGAAAUUAAAAAUGGAGAAAGAGGUCGCAGUUUUAGUCAGUGUACUUUGGCAGUUGCAAGGAAAAGAAUCACUUCAAAGAAGCUUAAGCAGGAAUCCCUCUGUGGUCCAGUGGGUAAGACUCCACGCUCCCAAUACAGGUGGCCUGGGUUCGAUCCCUGGUCGGGGAACUAGAUCCCACAUGCAUGCUGCACUAAGAGUCUGUCUGCCUGCCGCAACUAAAGAUCCCACAUGCCAAAGCAAAGAUCCUGAGUGCCGCAACUAAGACCUGGUGCAGCCAAAAUAAAUAAAUAUUUUUUUUUUAAAAAAAAGACGCUUAAGCACAAUAGGGAAUGGAAAUCUGGGACACGGACUCUCUCAAGGGACCCACAGCAGUGCACAGAACUUAGGGGCCAAGUGAGCUUCACUGACUGGGGUCAUCCACCCAGCCCUCUCUCAGGUCCAUGGUGUCCUCUCUCCAGACGGCCACGCCCUGGCAACACAGACUGGGACUAACGUCUUUUCUUCCCAAUUCCAAAUUCCUGGUGUAUCAGUGUCCGGGGGCUGCUGUAAAAUGACCACAAACUGGGGGUAGGGGGGGGAAACAGCAGAAUGUAUCUUCCUUCCCACAGUUCUGAGACUGGAAGUCUUGAGACCAGGUGCCAGCAUGGCUGGGUUCUGGGAGGGUCUUGGCUUUUUGCUGUGUCCUUCAGUGGCCUUUUUUUGGUGCACAGAGAGAGUUCUCUCCCUUCCCCUUCUUAUAAGGCCACCAAUCCUAUUGGAUUAGGACCCUUAUGACCUCACUUAACCUUAAUUACUUCCUAAAAACCCCAUUUCCAAAGACAGCCACAGUGGGGGCUUCGAGCUUCAACAUGUGAAUUGGGGAGGGGGACACAAUUCAGCCCAUAACAGCCACAAACUGGGGGGCUUAAAACAACAGAAAUUUAUUGAAUCACAGUCUGGAGGCCAGAAAUCCAAAUUCGAGGUGUCAGCAGGGCUGCUUCCUUCCAGAGCCAUUCUCCAGGGGAGAAUCUGUUUCCUUGCCUUUUCCAGCUUCCAGAGGCAUCUGCUUUCUCGGCUGGGCGCCCCUCCCUCCAUCUUCAAGGCCAAGGAGUUUUCCAAAGUGGCCGCUCAGGACAUGCUACCAUUUAACUGUGGUCCUUCUGGGGGGGCGGAGUGUAAUGGUUUCUCACUGCGGGGUCUUUUUAAUUGUGGUAAAAUACACAUAACAUAACAUUACCCUCUUAACCACAGCUCAGUGGUAUAAAGUGCAUUCACACUGUGUUGAUACCAUCCGCUUCCAGAAGCUUCUCACCUUAAACUGUCCCCAUUAAGCACUAACACCCCAUUUCCUCCCCCCGCCCCCAAUCCUUGGCAUCUACCGUCCUACGUUCUGUCUCUUAAGAUUUUCACUGCUCUAGGAACCAGGCGGCAUUUGUCUUUUUGUGACGGGCUUAUUUCACUGAGCGUAAUGUCCUCAGGUUUCAUCCAUGUGCUAGCAGGUGUCAGAAUUUCCUCCCCUUUUAAGGCUGAAUCAUAUCCUAAUUGAUCAUGGUAUUUUUAUU